AUGAAUGCCAAAGUGUGUGAAAAGUUCGAGAAUGUAUGGUAUAAAUUUCCUGAUGAAAUGGACAGUGAUAAAAAUUAUAAAUUUAGAACAGAAAAUUUCUUAGAUAGUUAUUGUUUUAAUGAUGAAUGUAAUAGUGAUUACGGAAAAAUUAAUGCUGGAUUUUUAUAUUUGCUUAAUCAAUUCUGUGGGGUUUCUGGUUUGUUUAAAUCUUGCGAAACAAGUAACAUCAAUGUUGUUGAAUACACUAUGAUAUGGUUAUGUUAUAUGUUAAACCUAAAGAGUACUCAAGAUGACAACAUUACCAAUCUAAAUAAUUUUUAUAAAGUAAAUAUAGAAAAACAUGAAAAGUAUAAUAGUUUCAUUGAGGUUAUAAAUAAAAAAAAAGAAUUGAUGAAUAUUUCUAAAGAUCAAGUGUCUAAACUUUAUAAGUUAUUUAAAAUUUUAUGUGAAAUGUAUACUAAAAUUAAUGAAGACAGUAAAAAUUGCAAUAAAUAUUUGAACGAUGAUAAUCAAUUUGAUAAAAUAUAUAAAGAACUUAAUAAGGAUAGUUCCUAUAGUCAACUAUUGACUACUUUAUCAACUGAUUAUAAUAAAUUAAAAGAGAAAUGUAACAAGAUUUCGUCCUCUCAACCGAAAGGAACAGAACAAAUUCUUGUACAAAGUUCUGUAGAUACAUCAUCAAGUUCGUCGAUAGGAAACAAAUUAAUUUCAGUUUUAUCGAUAUUUGGUGCAAUAGCAUUUUUUUUAGGAAUUUCUUACAAGUAUUCGUUAUUUGGAUUUCGGAAACGAUUUAAAAAACAACAAAUAAGAGAAAAAAUAAAAAAUAUAAAGAAGAGAAUAAAUCAUUAA